AUGGCUGGUCCCGGUGGUGGUCCCCCACGCAAGAGCCAUACCAAGUCGAGGAAUGGAUGUAAGACGUGCAAGCGGAGACACAUUCGCUGCGACGAGACUUUCCCACAAUGCCGCAAUUGCACCAAGCACAACUGUCGCUGUGACUACCAAGACGUAGCUGCGGCGCGAGGUAGUCCGCCUGCCUCGCGGCGCGGUCCCGAUCUCCUCAUGUCUCCGGAAAUCGAGAUGGAGAUUGAGAAUUGGCACAGAACUGGUCUCACUCCAUAUCCAGAGCUUGCUGGAUGCCCUCCCUCUGGCUGGUCUGGUCUGUCUCGGUCAGAUUUGCGCUUGGUUCACCACAUCAUUGGGCUCUCCAUCGACCUACAUCGACGAGGCCUGAGUAAUUGCACAAUUUGGGCGCAGAUGUUGCCUAGUUUCCUGGGAAUUGCGCUAUCAAACAACUUCGUUAUGAGCGCCAUCCUUUCCCUCUCUGCCUACCACCUCGCCUACCUCACACGAGAUGCGGAAACCAAGCAGCUCGCGCUGCACCACAAGGCAGCUGCUUUCAAGGGCCUUCGGACAGCGCUCGGCUAUGCUAUUACCUCUCCUUCCAAGGAUAACGCGGAGGCCAUUGUUUCAGCCCACGUCUUACUUUCCUGGCAAGCAACCGAAUACCAAAGCUGGGUUUCCUUGCAACAGGGUCUUUCGUCUAUCCUCGAGACUAUGUAUCCAGUUUGGAAGCAGGAAUCGGAGAUUGUACAGUUUGUUGAGAACCAGCGCUCCUUGAGUGCCCCGGAUUUCCCAGUUUCAUUCGAUGAGGAUUUGGCACAACUAGAUCAGACCAUCCGUGGUCUACAAGUUUCUCAGAAGCGAGUCUCACACAACGCAGAGCACUCUCAACGAUUGGGAGAGUUGAUCGAUUUUGUGCAGCAAUUCCGCAGGGAUUUCCCCUCACAGACCUCCGAGCAGGCCUUCGACCGUAUUCAGAUUCUACGACAAUGGCUAUUCUGGCUGCCCCCUUCUCUACUCCGAAAUGGCGAGUCCGAACUUAACGCUCUCUCGGUCUUGUCUCAAUUCUUCGCCGUUGCAAUCGCUCUCGACCGCUUCUUCCCAGAUAUGGGAGGCUCAUACUUGGGAGCUUUGUCCGUUGGAACUAUCGAGGAAUCAUAUCGUAUAAUUGCUGCACACACCGUCACAGAUCCAUUCAACGCCGACAUCCGCCUCGCUAUGACUUUGAUGGAUCUGCCACGCCACUGUGUUGCACGAUAUCGCAGCUGUUUGACCUGGUCCCCACGGCCCUCGGUUGAGCAUUACUCACCCGGCCCACCAAGCCCCUAUCACGGCCUGCACGAAUAUUCUCUUCCUUCAUCAUCUUCCCCCGCAUCCGCUUCGCCCUCAUUCGCCGCCUACACACCUCCACUCCAGUCUCCCCCGGCCGUUACAGUUGCCGGAUCUCCCUUCACCCUCGCAGACGGCUACGUUACCGCUGCACCUUCUCACACCCUCUACCCACCAUCGCCACAACUUCUCGAUGUCCACGAUCCUCAGCUCGGUCUGUCUGAUCUCAGCCACUCUGGUUCUAUCCCGCAUUCCUCAGCCUUUACACCACCUUAUGGUGGCGAAGUUCUCUGCGCUGACAUGCCGCGGACUGAGGGGGCCUUGGGGCUGAACAUGGACGUGUACCCGCAUUCGCAUGCAUUUGAGAUGCCUGAAAUGGUUGCACCAGAGACAUGUUGGACAUGA